ACCUUAUCAUGCUUACACACACAUGAGUACGAACCGGAUUGUAGAAAAUAUAAAGAAAUAUUUUGGAACUCCUUGCUUUACAAGCAGACUUUAGAGUUUAUGGUGGUUUCAACGACUAAAAAUACAAAUGACUGACUACAAGGAGGAGCAAGUCAAUGAAAUUGAAGCCUUAGAAUCAAUAUAUCCAGAUGAAUUUUCGGUACUGGAGACGGAACCUUUCCAUGUAUUCCAGGUGACAGUGUCAGCAGAGGAGGAGUCGGGUGAAGAUGAAGAAGAAGAAAAAGGUCAGCUCUCGGUCACCCUAAAGUUCACCUACACACCAUGCUACCCCGAAGAAGCACCAAUCUUUGAGGUGAUACUCGAUGACGAGCUUGUCCAAGACUAUGAACAGCAGAUUAGUGAACUAGUUCAAGCCCAGAUUGAAGAGAAUAUCGGUAUGGCCAUGAUCUUUGCCAUCGUGUCAGCCUCACAGGAGUUCCUGAAUGAGAAAAUAGAUGAAAUCAAGGCUACGAAAGACGAUAGAAAGAGGAGGAUAGAGGAAGAAAAGAAGAGAGCAGAGGAGGAAGCGGCAAAUAAAUUAAAGGGCACCCUCGUCACGAUAGAGAGCUUUCUAGCGUGGAAAGAAAGAUUUGAUCAGGAGCAGAAAGAACUCAAAGUGAAACAGAGCGCUGCAUCCGACAGUACAGCGGGAAAACUCACAGGGAAGGAGCUUUUCUUCCAAAAUGCAAACUUGGAUACGUCAGAUAUGGAUCUUUUGGAUGAAAGUGACAGAGUUGAAGUUGACGAGUCACUCUUUCAAGAUCUGGACCUGGACGCCGAUCUCGAUCUCGACGACGACGAAGAUUGAUGAUUGACCUCGGGAUGAUGGACUUCUAUAUUUGAAGGAUCUCAGUUAAGAUAUGUCUCAAUCAAUAAACUGGACAUAAGAAAAACUUUGGAUAGCGAAUCGUUGAACCGGAUGUGAACAGUUCCGCAGGAUCCCAAGUAAAAAUAGAUGCAGAGAUGUGGUUUCUGUAACACCUUGUUGAAUCAUCAGUGGCUGGAUGUGCAUCCUCUACCCAGUGAACAAUGUUUAUUCCAUUUCUAUUGGACUUCCACUCUAAUCAUGUCUUCAAUGCACAGGAGUACCUGGACCUCGUCUUACAAAGAGUUGUGAUUGGUCUGAUCGAUCACAACUAUGGACGGCCAGCAACGUUAACAUCUAAAAUGCACAUUUGUACAAAAUUUUUCCUAGAUAUGCUGUAUAUUCGUACAUUCAUCGUUCUCUUGAAGAUUCAGUGUGAUUCUCUUUGUUUACUAAGGAGAUUAUGCAAAUUUCCUUUAGAAAAAAAGUAGGGUAUGGAUGGAUCUCCAUACAGUUGAGAUUGAUUGGAUCAAUCGUAACUCUUUGUAAGAAGGGGACCAGAAGUCCAUUAGUGACAUAAUUACAGGAAAUCUACACUAUGUCCUUUUGCAAGCAAUGACAAGCACAUUGAUUUAAUAUCAAAACAAUGAUGCAUGGCAUGCCUGCGGUUACAUAUUUUUAAAAACACUUCAAAUUAAAUAUAUGCAUUAUAGAUGUUGGUGUUGCUGGUAUAUAUACAUGUAGUUGUGAUAGAUCAUGGGCCCAUCUUACAAAGAGAUGCAAUUGAUCUGAUCAAUUGCAACUAUGAAAAGCCAGCAAAGUCAACAUAUUUAGUGCAUGUUUGCUCAAAGUUUUUUCUAGAUAUGAAUCAUGAAUGUAUAUCCAUAAAAUCAUUGAUUUCUUGACAGUUCGGUGUGUUCUCCUUUGUUUACAAAGGACAUUUGGCACAUUUCCUUUAGGAAAAAAUGAUGGCACUGAUGGAUUUCCAUAGAGUUACGAUUGAUUGAAUCAAUCACAACUCUUUGUAAGACGGCUCCCCAGAUCAGUUCAGCUCCCUUCCAGCCUUGGAUCGUAACAGUUAAUUGUGACGACACUCUACUUGGAUUUAACUGUCAUUUUGUCCUUUCCUGAAAAGUUUUGGGUGUGGAUAGUUUAUAGUUUGCAUUGCAAAUCCUGUGCUUGAGGAAAUAAUUCUUAAUAGCCUGAAGAUCCUGACUGGCACUUGUGCACAGAAGGCUUUUUUUUUUUAGAUAACAACUUGUACUUGUGGUGGUCUUGUGUCAAGACCCACUUGUUGAUAAAUGUUCAGUCAGUGUUUCUGCCUGCAGGUUGGGGGAGGGGGGGGGGGAGCUUGGAUGGAAUCCACCCCAGAAGUUUCAUGAAAGACAUGUAGUUGUACACUGUCUGUUCACAGCAAUCAGUUGGGUUGCUGGCAGCAUACAAUUAAUUAAUUAAUUUUUAAAAAGUUGCAAGGUCCAGGCACGCAGGUCCAACGUUAUGAAGCUCUUUGUAUUUACCCAUUAGACUUUUUUUCAAAAUAUGAUUUCAUAUACGAUUCCAAUAGAAAUAUUGUUUUUAUCCACAGUUUAUGCAUGCCUUAUUCUAGCAUUUACUGAUCGAAUCUGAUUGAGUUUAUUUGCUAUAUUGUUAUCUUUGAAAAGUGGCAAGCAACAAAGCAACAAAUUUUGCAAGAAAAAGAUGAAAGUUAAAUGGUUGAAAACAAGAAAGGAAUUAAUAAUUUUUUGAGGAUGCUCAUUUGUUCAGAAUAUUACAAAGUUCAUCUGCAUGUAGUUCAGUGUGGGCUGAAUUGAUGAAUUUUGAGGAAAGCUCAGAGAAAGUUCUAUUCUAAAUUUAUGGCCACGGUGGCAAUCUCAUUAUCUGAAGCAGAGAACGUUUCUAGGUAAAUCUUGCCACUUACAGGUAUGCCAUGACUAUCUCAUAUACCUGAAGGAAUUUAUUCAUCUUUAUGAUAUUUGUUUUUAUCUGUUUCGAAAGAGUUCUACUUUUUUCUAAAAUUUUUGUUAAAAGUUUGAGGCCCAAAUCAGUCCAUAUAUAUGUACAUUCUGGACUAUCUUUAUCUAGCUUUUAUUGACUUGUUUAGGUAUCAAUAAAAAAUGUUUUUCUUACAUUUUCAAAUACGUUGUUGAGGUAAAAGAAAGGUUGAUGAAUGUGAUGCGUCAAUGAUACUUAUACAAAUCUAUAGGACAAUCAAGUAGUAUAGGCCUCCUUGGAACUUCCUCACAAACUGUAGUUCAAACUGUCCAUCUAGUUCAUCUUUAUCCAUUCCCUUAUUAGCAAAAUCAAGAAGCAAAAUAAAAAGGGGAUUUUGUUAAUAAAAAAUUGGCAAGCCCCUCCCAUCCCCCUUCCUCCUACCCGAAAUGUUUUCUCUUCAUAUUUGAAGAGGGGAUGAGGUACUUCCCAACAAAAUUGGAAGCACACAACAUACUAUACAUGUAGUCACAAUGCAUCCUCUUUUAGAUUUGUGCCUUAUGAAAAUAACAAAACUUUUUUAUGGUUCUUGUUUUUAUUUGCUCUGUUUGAAAUGCAAGAAGAUCUCGGAAAACAAAAUCAGAGCAAAAAAAAACAAAAAACAUUUUCAUUUUCAAUGCUUAGACUUGCUUUAGCAUUUAUUGAUGUCAAAACACCCAGAUUGUCUCAGUAAAUAUCAAGUCCACGACCACCCCAAGAAAAAGUUGAGCUUGAUAAAUAGAGAAUUCAUCAUGCUGCAAAUUUUAUCAAAUUUAGAGGUUAAAUGAAAAUGGGUGAUUUCAAGUCUGGUGUUGAAACUCUAAUUUGAUUUGCUUUUCCGAGCUCCAAAAUCUAUUUUGAGUUUACACAAAUGGUACAAACCGCGAUAUAGACAGCUCAACACCUGAACAGCGACUUUUCAGGACCAGCUUCCUUUUGUGUUUGGUGCUUAUCACCAACACCAAACUUGAGAUCACCCAAUGUUACGAUGUACUAACCAUGGAUGGUAUGCAAAUGAUAGAGCAUAUAAUGCGCCAUACUGUAUCUGUCGUGUUUUAUUAUUUGAAAUAUCAAGUAUUUCAUUUCCCCUCCUUAUACUGUAAACUUUUGAUUCUUCAUGGAACAUGUAGCAUUAUAGAGGUACAUGUAACUCUGCUUUCAGGAAACCAAAAUACAAGGAGAGACUCCAUUUUAUCAGAAAGAAUAAAAUGAGAGGAGCAAUCUAAAACUUGUUUCAUCAAAAUCGGUUAUAGAAUAGUAUAAUAAAUGUCUCCAUUUGUUUUGUACACAAAAUGUCAGAUUUUUCACUUUAUUUUACAUCAUCUCCUCUUGACCUCCAUAUAUGUGGUGCAGCAAGAUGCAAUUUGAAAGAUAAUGGGAAAAAUCUGUGUGCAAAAUAAAUGGAGAGUUGUCCACGAAAUCUGCGAUUCUAAAACAUGGUGGCCAAUUAGAGGAUCCCCAUAGAAAGAAAAGAAAAGACAUUUUAAACGUCCAUAACUACCUUUUUUCUUAACUGAUUCUGAUGAACUUAUUUUAAAUUGUUCCUCUCAUUUUACUCUUUCCAAUAUCAAAGAUUGCUUCUUUAUUGGGUUUUGGUUUCCUUAAAGUCGACCUUCAAUUAGUCAAAUGAUUGCUUUAGUGGAAGCAAUUUUCUUUUUAGACUAGAUUAUUCAAAACACGUGUUAUAUAAUAUCUCUUCUAUUUCUUGUGAGUCGAACGCAUUUCCGUGGUCUCCAGAAUUUUUACUAUAGGCAGAGUUGCCUGUAUCUUAAUUGUGGGUUCUUUUAUCAUCAAAACUAUAAAAUCCAUUAAAAAAAAUGAUAAAUCCGUAUUAUUGAAUCAAAGGAAGGCUUACAUAUUUAACAGUUGUGUUUGGUAAAGAUCAUGUGUUAAGUGAAUGAUGGAUGACUAAAAGUGUCAGCCAUUCCUCCAAUACCCAACAGUGGCCCAACACUCAACUAAAUUAGUUCUGCAUACAUACAUGUAUGUCUGACUAGAAAGAAAAAAAAUGAAUUGAAAAGGAUUUUUCCUGGAUAUAAAGAUGUGAUGCACGCCUGUUGGGUUUAGGUGUCUUACACCAACAAUGAUCAGAGGCAUAGACUUUAGGAAAUAACGCUAUCUUUCUCCCUUAUUUGUCUGGAUUCGUGCAUUCUCAGAAUCCUUGAUAAGGGACAUGAUUUGAUCUGUGGAGAAAGCACAUAGAAAAGCAUUAAUUGGGUAUUUUGAUUUAACAGAUUAAAAAAUGCACAUUUAGGGCUCAUUUUUUUCUUUCUCAAACCCCUGUGGUCAGGGACAUAGUUUUCCUAACCCUAUUUAUAACUGAUAAGUGGUAUAUCGUGCCAUUUAUAGAUGUUUUUAUCAAUAUCUCUACGAGAACAGAUAUUUUUUUCUUGUUUAAAGAACACUAUUAAAUAUGUUUAACAAAUAUA